CAACGUAAAAACUACACGAAAUCCCUGUUUAAAGAUUAUCAAGUCACGAAGCUUAUUUGGACAUUAUUCGUAAUAUUUGUCGCUUCUUGGUUCCCGUAUUUUGGAGCGAAUUUAAUCUUCGAGUUUGUGGAAGGCGAUAUUCCACGAAGCGUGGACGCCAUAUUGACUUUGACGACAAUUCUUAAUACGACAUGUUGCCCUAUCAUAUACGGCUUGGUAAAUAGACAGUUUCGCAAGGGAUUCUGGGAGAGCAUUUGUUGCAAUAAGCCACGAAAGGUUCAAGGCACGCGCAGACGGUGGACUAGAAACUACGAAUCUACAGAAAUGAGAUCAAGCUUAAGGACAUAUCAACAAACAAGUCGUGCUCAUUUUCAUGAAUUGAAUGUCAAUGAUAUUCCAACCGUUUGUGUUUCUACUGUGUAA